CUAAGCCAAGCAGACCGAAUUCAGUUUUUCAUAUAUUGGGAAAAAGAUUAACAAACACUUAUUUAAGUAGUUUAAGAUAUAACAACACAAAAUGAAUCAAUCUAAUGACUCUGCGUUGAAUGCUAAAGUUAAGAAAAAAGAUUUGCAAGGUGUUUGUUACGACCUUGAAUACAGCGUUGAAGCUGUCAAGUCAAUAGACGCAGCAGAAGAGCCUCUUAAGAACAUACAAGAGCUGCUUAAGAAUGCAAUAUUUCUGAAACAACAAUUGAAAUAUGAAGAGACCAGAAGGAAAAAAGACAAUUCAAAUAACAAAGAUUCAGUUUACAAAAGAUUUUCAGCUCACAUUCCAUUAGAAAUGCCUGACAUUCUAAGAGAGACGACAAACCGAGUAGAAAAUAUAAUCGGGAUAAAUAAUCCAUCUGGAUCGCAAACAACAUCUGAAGGAAUUCAAAGAUCUCAUACUACACUUCAUUAA